AUGGACUCCCGCGAGCUACGAAACGUGUUGUGCGAAGAACCUGAACCCCAGCUUCUCGCAGCCACGUACGCUGUACAUAAACCCGAGGGCAUCGUACCGUUACUCGAUGCCGAACUGCAUCGCAGCGCAUCGCGUAUCCACCGAUUGAAAGAGUGUCAAAACUGGCUGGCAUCGCCCAUCUAUCGCCUGCCCGAAGAGAUCCUUCAGAAGAUAUUCUUCAUCUACGCGCGGGAUAACGAUGAACUCUUCAAUUUGCGAUGGACCCGUCUUCUCCGUGUUAGCAGGCGCUGGCGCGACAUCUUAACACACUUCCCGGAACUGUGGAGUUUCAUUGAACUGUCGGGGGCGCGUAGGCAGGACAGUCAAAUGGACACCGCCACCUUUCAACAGCGCUGCCUGCUCCAGCGAUCUCACGCAGGACUUCAUGCUCUUACGGUCAGGAUCGAGACGGAGUUCAGUGGCCGCGGCUCUCAGAUAUCCGAGGAAGAGCUGAACUAUCUGGCAUCCUGGGAUGAUCCUAGAUCUCUUCUCUCCCUGUCCGUCAAAUGCUCGAGCACUAUCGCUCUUAAUGUCGCUCACAAGCUUGCAUCGCACCCACAGCUCGUACUGAACGAGUUGAAACUCGAUCACCUGCCUGAAAUCGGGCCCACCGUGCCAGCGAUGGAAGCGGAGUUGCGAUCUUUGAUGGACGUUAUCUUGAGGGAAAAUUAUACGCCACGCCUACAGCACCUGUCUCUACGUGUUGUGGGCUUCGAAUGGGCUCGCAUACGCGGACUACGCACGCUCCAUAUCGAGUGUUGUCACUCGCUGGACGAUAGAGACUUCUUCCGCGGUAUAAUCGCCGCGCUAUCACGUUGUCCACUCCUCGAGCAUCUUCAUCUCCACUUUGCAUGGUACCUUGGCGAGGGCCCUACGGCACACGAAGUGGCUUCGCUGCCGAACAUGCGAUAUCUGCACAUGAAUGGUCACGACGCCAUUUGCGACGGUCUACUUCGGUCGCUCAGGGAUUUGCCCUCCGCGGCCAAGCUCCUCAUCAUGGCUCCAGACGAGUUCCGUGGAGUAGAUAGUCACGCAUUCUCUAUAGCCGAGUACAUAGGUGCUCAUGCGUCUCAGGCCAAUGCGCCUGUCAUCCGGACAAUUGUACUCGGCUUCGGUCCCAUGGUGUUGGAGGACAUCGCAACUCCACGCUGGAGGCUCUGCGUGAUCGGGAGAGAAUGCCCCGAGGCAUUUGUGGAAGAAUGGAGCCGCUCAAGGUCGUAUCUGCAGUCGUACACGAAAGAGCAGAAACCGCUGAGGGAGACGAUCCCCAGCCCUUACAUCGCGCUUGAGACCACGGUCUCCAGGCCAGAAGUGGACGGCGCUGUUAACGGGCGGUUCAUGGACAUCGUCGCUUCAUGGCCUCUGUCCCAAGUCGCCGUUCUGGAUCUGCGAGCGGCCAACCUCAGAUACGCCCAUUGCGAAGCAUUAUUGAACAUGUUUCACACUACAACAACGGUCAUCUUACGGCCCGAGUCUGGGACCGCCUUUGAUUUUAUCGACGCGCUGCGUACGCAUCUGAAGAAGCACAGGAGCCGCGCCUUGGCCCACAUCGUCUUCGACGCGGGAACCAUACGCCGCCAGAAACGCUCCCGGUUCCUGGAACCAACCUAUGAGGCCCUCGCUCGACGCACUGCAAUACUUGCACUGCAGUACAGUUCCGAAGCACGCGCAAUUGGGGAUCCUUUGGAUACGGUUGAGGUCAUCAACGAAGGGGUUUCGUCAAAGUACGAGCCGUUGUUUAGUCCGUCUCCGGAUAUCAACUGGGGGGAGCUUUGCGGGGAUCUCCGGUUAGGUUUUGUACACAAGGGUGUCCUUCACAGCCUUGAAGAGAGUCUUGAUGGGAAGGGAAUGGAGUUUCCCAGGUCGAGCAUGUACUAG